AUGCUUCUCUCGUUACCUGCCUUACAUCUUCAGACCUCCGAAUACCAUCCUCUCUUCCAGCUGCCACACAGAAGGCUCGGACCAUGGUGCAGUCCCACUGGCUCCCCUGCCCCCCUCUCCUGUGAGACUGGCUGCGGGGAGGGAUCAUGGAUACUUGUCUGCCGGCUUCUGGUUCCCACGCAAGUAAGCCUGCUGUCAAUGGAGGAGGACAUUGAUACCCGCAAAAUCAACAACAGUUUCCUGCGCGACCACAGCUAUGCGACCGAAGCUGACAUUAUCUCUACGGUAGAAUUCAACCACACGGGAGAAUUACUAGCGACAGGGGACAAGGGGGGUCGGGUUGUAAUAUUUCAACGAGAGCAGGAGAGUAAAAAUCAGGUUCAUCGUAGGGGUGAAUACAAUGUUUACAGCACAUUCCAGAGCCAUGAACCCGAGUUCGAUUACCUGAAGAGUUUAGAAAUAGAAGAAAAAAUCAAUAAAAUAAGAUGGCUCCCUCAGCAGAAUGCAGCCUACUUCCUUCUGUCUACUAAUGAUAAAACUGUGAAGCUGUGGAAAGUCAGCGAGCGUGAUAAGAGGCCAGAAGGCUACAAUCUGAAAGAUGAGGAGGGCCGGCUCCGGGAUCCUGCCACCAUCACAACCUUGCGGGUGCCUGUCCUGAGACCCAUGGACCUGAUGGUGGAGGCCACCCCACGAAGAGUAUUUGCCAAUGCACACACAUAUCACAUCAACUCCAUAUCAGUCAACAGCGACUAUGAAACCUACAUGUCAGCUGAUGACCUGAGGAUUAACCUGUGGAACUUUGAAAUAACCAAUCAAAGUUUUAAUAUCGUCGACAUCAAGCCGGCCAACAUGGAGGAGCUCACAGAGGUGAUCACAGCGGCCGAGUUCCAUCCCCAUCACUGCAACACCUUCGUGUACAGCAGCAGCAAAGGGACAAUCCGGCUGUGUGACAUGCGGGCGUCGGCCCUGUGUGACAGGCACACCAAAUUUUUUGAAGAGCCAGAAGAUCCAAGCAACAGGUCGUUUUUCUCUGAAAUCAUCUCUUCGAUUUCGGAUGUGAAGUUCAGCCACAGUGGGAGGUAUAUCAUGACCAGAGACUAUCUGACGGUCAAAGUUUGGGAUCUCAACAUGGAGAACCGCCCCAUCGAGACUUACCAGGUUCACGACUACCUCCGCAGCAAGCUGUGCUCCCUCUACGAAAAUGACUGCAUUUUUGAUAAAUUUGAAUGUGUGUGGAAUGGGUCAGACAGUGUCAUCAUGACGGGCUCCUACAACAACUUCUUCAGGAUGUUUGACCGAAACACCAAGCGCGAUGUUACCCUAGAGGCCUCGAGGGAAAACAGCAAACCCCGAGCUAUCCUAAAACCGCGCAAAGUGUGCGUGGGGGGCAAGCGGAGAAAAGAUGAGAUCAGUGUCGACAGUCUGGACUUUAGCAAAAAGAUCUUGCAUACAGCUUGGCAUCCUUCAGAAAAUAUUAUAGCAGUGGCGGCUACAAAUAACCUAUAUAUAUUCCAGGACAAGGUUAACUAGAAGGACAAGUUAUUACUUAAUAAUCUCACAUACUGAAUACUAGUCAAACACGUUUUUAAAUGUUUCUUUGGGUGUUCAUUUGAUGCAUCGACUCUAAUCUCCCUCUGCAGGAAACAAAUGGAAUAGAAGUCCAUGGAGUCCAACCUUCCCAAAUCCCCAGUUCUAAGAAAUUUUGUCAAACCCAACAGGUUCUGGGACACUUCUGUUUAGAAUUGAGAGCUGCCAGCUAACAGUAAUUCUUCCAUAGCUGACUUGAAUUUCUGAUGCUUUUAUUGCCCCGUUUUCUCUGGUGGGUCCAGUGUUUUGUUUCUAGGUGUCUGCUGAGAUAAAAUGAGGUUGUCUGUAGUAUUUAAAGAGAAAAGAAAGAGAUACUUUUUUUUUAAUUAAGCAACUCCAUUUGAUGAUUGAAAAAAAAGUUCAAGGAAAAAUAAACACCGUUUACUCUA